UAAGGGAACACUUUUUUAUUUUCGAGAAAAUUACGAACUUGGUAGCCUUAAAGGGCAUUUCGUGUAAAGAAUAUUUAAAUAUAUCUGCAUCUUUUUUGUCCAGUUGAGGGGUGAUUUAUUGACUUCAAUUUGAUGACGAUUGGGCUCUACAGCGCCGCGUGAGGGGGGAAACGCCCAUUGAGGACCCAAUAAAUCUACCGGGAGGAAAGGCUAUCGGUGAGCGCGUGUGUUAGAAUAAACGCGCUGUGAGGAGAGGGAGUAUCUGAGCCAAUCUGAGCAAAUUCAUCGCAAAGAUGCGGUCCACACAUAUAUUUAUGGUCUUGAUAAUUUGGAAUGUACAAUAUUCUGCAUCACCAACUACUGCUUCCCUGACUUCACCUUCACCUGUCCCAACCACAACUUCAGCAUCGACAAAUAUUAAUAAUACACUAGAUAUUACAAAAGAAAGUUCAACAACUGAAAAUGUGACUUCUACUGCGAGCACCAGUGAACCUCCUACAACCUCAAUAGUUGCUGGAAACACUACAACGACUGACGCUAAUUCAACAGGAGCUACCACCAAUGAGUUAAAUUCAAAUGUAAGUUCAAAUGCGACCGACGCUGCAACAAAUACGACAACAAUAGCACAAACCAUAUCAACGGAGACACCAGUUACAAAUACGAGCUUUACUGUAGUAACAUCAACUGCAACAAACAAUAUAACAACUACUUUAGAAGGAACGUCUGCAUCGUCUUCAAUAAAUACAGACGCGGAUACAUCAACGUCUGCUGAUAAUAGCCAAUCCAUAGCCGUAACAUCUACAACAACGUCUUCAGCGACAUCAGUUACAGAAAAUCCAUCCUCUCCAUCAAAUACAACAGUGCAGGUCUCAAUAUCAGAGACCUCAAGUACCCCUGAAGCAACAGUAACAACAGACAAUAACACAACAAACAGUACACCAGACGACUCAACGGGGUCGACGACAACAACAGUGCCUGGCUCAACAUCAGGUUUCUCAGCUACCCCUGAAGCAACAGUAACAACAGACAAUAACACAACAAACAGUACAACAGACGACUCAACGGGGUCGACGACAACAACAGUGCCUGGCUCAACAUCAGGUUUCUCAGCUACCCCUGAAGCAACAGUAACAACAGGCAAUAACACAACAAACAGUAUAACAGACGACUCAACAGUGCCGGGCUCAAUAUCAAGUACCUUAGGUGUUCCUAUAACAACAGCAACAACAGAUGAAAGCACAACAAACAAUGCGUCAGAGACAACAUCAAGUACCCCUUCAGCAACUGUAACAAUAGAUGAAAACACGGGCGAGGUAUCAAGCACAAUAUCAAAUACCUCUCCAAUAGAUGAAAACACAACAAGCGAUGGUCAAACGACAACUAAUGAUAUUAUGACUUCGGACUCACCGUCUACAUCACAACCAUCAACAACACCAACAACCACACCCUCCACUACAACAAUUGUUAUAUAUGGAAACUAUACUAUUAAAACAGAUAACGCCUUUUUGACUUUCACAAUUAAUGUCACAUUUCCAAAUGACUGUGUUGAAAAAGACCAAGCUCAAGAGAAUAUAACCAAAGCCUUGUUGGUUCUUAACAUGACAUUGGCACGUGUAAAAAAAAAUUUGCCGUGCACCAAGAAUGAUACAAGUAGACAGAAGCGAUCGAAUAGAGUAGAAGGAAUGUUAGUUGACGCAGUUGUUAGGGCCAGAGAUUUUAUUGGCAAUCCAAACGCCGAGCCUGAUAUAUAUGAUUCUAUCACAAAGGCGUUUAACAAUAAAUCUAAAGUAGACACGAAUGCUGCAUCGGAAUUGACGAUGUGCGAUACAGACGUUUGUCGAGAAGCUAGCUUAAAAUACAAAGGAUUUACUUGCAAGUCUGGUAACGUUUCUAAUAGCGACUGCAUAUUUACAUCCAUGUGUACAAAUCAUGACUGUGAUUAUGGAGAUUGUGAAGUAAAAGCCAAUGGUUCACACUACUAUAGAGUUUGCAUUUGUCAAGAAGAAGACAUGUACAAGUACACCCUGUCUGCGGAUAAAUGUGUUAAGGGGGAUCUUUCGUACAAGGCCUGGAUGAUCAUCGCCGCCGGAGCGGGGGGACUCAUCAUACUCAUUCUCCUCUUCGCAAUCGUCAUACAGUGUGCGAGGAGGAAAAGGAAGUCCUCAAAUCCGGAGAAGUACGUCUAUGAUGCGGGGUACAGUGACCGCGAGACGUUGGUGCAAGACAGAAGUUAUGACCACAUUGAUCAAUAUCACAGGAAACCUUCCUUUAAAGUAGAAGACCGGAGGAUUCAAACGAGCUUACAAACAUUUGACAACCAAGGGUACGACCAUUGGGACCCUGAUGAGAGUAAAGAAACCUACCAAUCAAUGGAUAGACACUUCCAGAAUCCUAACUUUCAAGCUCAGAUCACAAGACCUAAGCUUACAACAAGUAGAUACGGCGAAGAUAAGCUGACCCCGUUUUGAUUUAGAGGGAACUGGAGACCUUCCUACAAAUAUUGCUCCGUCCACGCCUAUGCAUCUUAGAAAUAGGGCAUCGCAAGGAAGAAGGCAAACAUUGCUCAUGCAGAAAAAAGGCUUUUUAAAUGUACAUUCCUUUUGCAAUCAACCUCUUGGCUUAUAGUGAGGUUUGGAUAUUGGAUUAUAAUACUUAUUCGAACUUUUGAAUAAAAAAUAUGAGUAAUCUUACCAACUUUAUAAAAGAGGAAUCAUUUUGUAGACAACAAUCUUUUGAUUUUGCAAUUUUGUAUGAAAUUAAAGGAGUGUUUUUUACAAGUGCUGAGUGCGACAGUAUGUAUAUUAGAUGCGUCGGUUCUUACAUAUCCAUGAAUGAUGUAUAAUCAAAUUAUUUGACCUGCUUGAAGAGAAUCAUAAUCAAAACUCAUUGUAUUAUUUUGUACUUAUUAUGUUUAUCAACACAGUGUACAUAGAAAAUUAAAUUUGACUGUUAUACUUUAUGUCAUGUGUUUAUUGUUACUAUAUGUGUUUUUUAUAUCUAAUAUUGUGAGCAAUAUUGAUCAAAAGGAAUUAAAAUCCAUGUAUCUCAAUGAUGUACUAUAUACUACGUUCAAAUAAAAAACACGCAUUAUUUAAACCAAUAUGGUUGCAUUGUUUUUAAUACUUAAAUUUAAUUGAAAGUUUUCUUUAAAAUAUUCUUUUAUUCCAAAUAAAUAUUAUUGAGCGAUGUCGGCCUUAG